CUAGUAUGCCCAGGAGGCCGGCGGAUCUUUAAAUGUCUUCUUUAAAAAAAUAGAUAUCAAUGAACAAUGCUUCUAGAAUUCUAUCAAGAUCUUUAAAAAGAAGAGGAAAAAAAACUGACAAACUAAAUGCAUGAGAUGCAGAUGUAAAUAUCAUGAAUAAGUAUUACGAGGUCUUACUUGAUUGCUAUACAGAUUUCCGGGAUACUAUAGACCCCAGAAUUAUACAAGGAGAGCUCGUACAGCAAAGACUUAUCACACCGAAACAGAUGGAAGAACACAUCAAAAGUUCUGUUCGCGCACAAAGUUGUGAAAAUCUUUUGAACGAAUUUCUGAAAAUGCCGGAUAAAAUAAAAUUUUUCUUGGAAAUACUGGAUAAAGACCAUGGCUUCUUAGUGGAAAAGUUUUAUUCCAAGUUUCUUGAAAAAUAUGGUUCGGAAAACAUACAAGAACCAGGAAAAUUAAAGAUUUUUACAAAAUAUAGACGGGAAAAUUCUGUUCCUUUACGACAUCAACUAAAAUUAUUGUCACAUAAAGGGAAAAUACAAAAAUUUAAUUCAUUGAUAAAGUUUUGGGAAGAUAAAUGGGAGUCGGAAAUACCUUACAUUAAAAACAAUACUGAAAAUACAAAAGAACUUCGACACUUGGCUGAUAUGUAUUUCAUGACUUUGGAUGCUCAGCUUGAACAUCGUCGCGUAAUUUGUGAUCGCACGCUUAUUGAAGAUGACGUUCUUUUCACCAAAGUCAAAAACGUCUCGGCCAUGACUUCUGAACCAUAUCUGUCAUACAUGAUGUACUUUGCCAGACAUGGAUCUGCAAAACUUUUAGCGGGGAUGUCACUGGAUGAAAGUAUAUAUGAAGUUGAAGAGGCCUUAAGUCGAUUUGAAGUAAUUCCAGCGUGUCGAGAAACUGGAAUUGUGCUAUACAUUUACUUUAACAUGCUAUCAAGUAAAUAUGAAAAAGAACCCACGGAACAAGAGAGAAAAACUCUACUGAAAAUAGCCAGUGAAGCUAUUAAUCAUUUUGGAAGAGAAGAUGAAAAGAUGGCUGAAGACUUUAAAAGAAUGGUUCUGACUAAAAUUGCACUUGUACACCUUGGAAUUGGAGUUUUUGGGAAUCAAAUACCGAAAAUUAUUGUUACUAAUGAAAACAAAGUACAGGCAAGUGAAAUUCUUACGGAAAUACAGGAGAAAUAUUGGGAUAAAAUGGAGGUGAGGUGGAAAAUGUUUUUCUUUAUUGCAAAAACAAGAGUUCAAGAACUAGACGGAAACACUUCAAAUGCUUUAUACUGCAUAACUAGAGCAUUGGUAUUUUCACUUCAAGGAAAAUUUAAAGGAGAGGGACUUCACAUAGAGAAAAAAUUUGCUCAGUUAUUCUGUCAAAAGAAAAGAGCUCUUCGGAAGAAAAUUCCUCAAAAAGGAACUUGACGUUACUCUAGACAACGUAUAACGCCGAGUCAUUAAUAAAAGUUCAAAUCUAUCAAUCAAUAUCUCUUUAAAGAUUCUUAAAAAUGACUCUUGUUUUUCAACACUUCAAAACAAAAAGGUGAGGGGAUGAAGAAAAAACUGUUUCAUAACAUUCCCCUGUUAAACAAUGUUCUAUAUAAUAGCCAUUUCAACAUUUUUGAAUUUUCUUAAAAAGAAGUUUUUAUGGUAAAUUCAAAUGUGUUUCUUCACUUGCCUUAGUUUCAGUGUGAGAAGUAUAUAUCAUGAUAUACAAUAAUUAUUGUUAUAUGCGUGAAAAAAGAACAUACAUGCUGCUAAAGAGAGAGAUGAAAGCAAAGAAAACACAGA